UCGGGAUGCUCGCUCAGCCGCCGCUACUACUGCUGAGAGAAAAGUGAGACACAACGUGUACUUUAGUCACUGUAUUGUGUCUCAAACGGUAUGGGAUUAUUAUGUCCAUCGUUUUGUAUCAGCAUGACCUGCAGAACUGAAAGCGAAUGUUUUAAAGUCUUUGGAAACUGAAUGGACUACCGUUGCAGAGAGAGUGAGGGACCGAGCAAACUGAUGUGAGGUGUAGAGCAUCUUUGAGUGUGCUCAGUCCACUCUUGAGCAUCAGGAUGAGUGGAACAGGGGAGCAGUCCGAUAUCCUAGCCGUCGGGAGCAUGGUCCGGGAGCGAUGGAGAGUGUUGAAAAAGAUUGGUGGUGGUGGUUUUGGUGAGAUCUAUGAAGUCCUGGACCAGGUCAACCUGGUGAAUGUGGCUCUCAAAGUAGAGUCUGCCCAACAACCCAAACAGGUCCUGAAGAUGGAGGUAGCGGUUCUGAAAAGGCUUCAGGGUAAAGACCAUGUUUGUCGCUUUGUCGGCUGUGGACGCAAUGACCGCUUCAACUAUGUGGUCAUGGAGCUUCAGGGAAGAAACUUGGCAGACCUUCGGCGCACCAUGGCCCACGGCACAUUCAGCUUCUCCACCACACUCAGGCUGGGCCGACAAAUCUUAGAAGCCAUCGAGAGCAUCCACUCAGUGGGCUUCUUGCAUAGAGACAUCAAACCAUCCAACUUUGCAAUGGGCCGUCUAACAAGUACAUGCCGAACCUGUUAUAUGCUUGAUUUUGGUUUGGCACGCCAGUUUACAAACUCAUGUCAAGAAGUCCGUCCACCACGUGCAGUGGCAGGAUUCAGAGGAACUGUCCGUUAUGCUUCAAUUAAUGCCCAUAAGAAUAAGGAAAUGAGUCGACAUGAUGACCUUUGGUCUUUAUUUUAUAUGCUUGUGGAGUUCAUGGUGGGUCAGCUACCCUGGAGAAAGGUCAAGGACAAAGAACAGGUCGGAAAUAUGAAGGAGACAUAUGACCAUCGCCUUAUGCUCAAGCACCUCCCGGCUGAGUUUAGCAUUUUUCUGGACCAUAUCUCCAAUCUGGAUUACUACACUAAACCAGAUUAUCAGCUCCUGACGUCAGUCUUUGACAACAGUAUGAAGAGCUAUAAUGUGGUGGAAAAUGACCCUUAUGACUGGGAGAGGACUGAUUCAGAGGACACACUUAAUGUUGGAACCCUGGCAACCACAGCCCAGCAGCUGACCCGCCUCACACCCGCAUACCUGGGCAUGGCCAAUGCCUCUAUGAUCCCAGGGGAUCUGCAACGUGAGAACACAGAGGAUGUUCUUCAGGGUGAGCGCCUCAGUGAGGCUGAUAAUUGCGCCCACAUCCCAACCCAGCCUGUACAGGGAGUGGAUGUGUGGGAAGAUAUGGAGCACAGCCACGACCGAAAUCUCAAUCACGUCCAGCCACUAAUCAGAAAGGUGGCUAGUGAGGAGGAGCAAAGCAAAGAGGGCAACCAGAGCCCCAACAGUGGCUCCAUCCAAGGAUCUCCAAGACGUGUGCGCUCAGAGACCCUGCUCAUUGACCGUGUGGCUCCUCUACUGAGAAGGAUGCGCCACAGCCAGAGCAUGGGGCUGGACAAGAGACUAACCCCUGAGCCUAAACCCACCAUUGAACGCUUUCUGGAGGCCUAUUUAGGGAAGCAGCGGCCAUGCUUGCCACAGGACAGGUCUGUCUGCCGGGUUGAGCAGGGCUCCUUGGAGGAUGAGGAGGGUGCAGCCAGCAGUGGUUAUGUUGCAGUCAACCUCAGUCCAGUCCCCCAAGAGGGCGACUCACAGGAGUGGGUCCUAGUGGAGCUUGAGGGUGGGAGCGGAUCAGCUGGCUCUAAACCUGAUGAGGAGGAACGCUCAGGGAUCUCACCACGCUCCUCCAGCCCCCUCGCCCUCCCUCGCACCUGGUCCGACCCCCUCCCUCAGCGCACUAGCAGCCUGAGUGGCUUAGGAGAAUUCCAGGCAGGCAUCUGCCACACUGGACCUCCUUUUACCCGCUUGCCAGGCUUGCCUGGCGUAACAGGCUUGUCUGGGCUGUCUGGACUGAGGAGACUGCCCACAAUCCAGCCUGCAUCAAUGGUCCAUCUCAGCAGGAACCAUCUUGAGCAGUCAUCUAAUGCAGUGCAACAGUGUGUCCAGCUGCAGCAAAAGACUGGAGACAAUUCUCAGCCUGACAAUCCAUCAGGUGCUGCAGGGCACAAUCAUGUGCAAGCUAAUUCACCCCCUAAAAGCCCCAAUAAGUGCUCUUUUCCUGCAGACGGAAACAUUAUCUCUGUCAAAGCCUCUGAAAAAGAUGUGGAGAGUGACUCAGGCUGUCCUGAUGGUGGACCUUGUAUAACACCCAACCAGGGUGAGAUGACUGGACUCAGUGUUGAUGCAGCUCCGGCAUCACCUCGUGAACUCUCCCCCAGAGCCAGUCGCAUCCCAGUCCGUGACCCAGACUCUCCAACCUGCAGGGGUUUUCCAGCCCCACUGUCUCCAUCUCUUUCGCUGUCCUGUGAGCACUUCCCUUCUGCACAGCUUCGUGACAAGUUCACCUUCCCUACUGGCUCUCGAGGGUCUGACUGGCAGGGAGAGGAGCCUCUCUCUCUGUCCUCCUCCUCAGGCCCUCUCUCAAGCAAGAGUAAAAUACCAAGACCCAUAAGCCCCACACUAGUGCCGGAUCAGCUGUCUGCUCGGCCGCCAAUGCUUAUUCCUCGGCCGCCACCAGGCAAACCGCCCCUUCGUACAGGUGGCGACAACAGACGGAGACGCUACUGCAUUCGUGCUAGCAGCACUGGUGAUACAGAUCUCCUGGACAACCUCACUCAGCUUAUGCAGGAGCGAGGCGGCCUGGCUGUCAGCUCCUCCUCUUGUUACCAACGCACCACAGCCUCCUCCCUGCAGCGCUCACUAAGCUCCUCCCCUUCCCGAUUUGAGGGUGCUCACAGCCAGUCACCAAUUAGCUGUUCUGCCUCCCCGCCCCCUCGCAUCAGUGACUUGCGGGUGAAUCAUGGCUCAGGCCUCUGCAGCAGAGUCAGAGCGGGAAGUCUUGAGAGCAAACCACAACCAAAAUGAGCGAAUAAAGAGAAAAACAUGCAUAUAUGUUACUGAUGGUGUGAGUUGUUGGUAAUUUGACAGCUGGUUUAAAAAAUAUUACAAGUAGCUUUUAACCCGGUAUCAAGUUUGAAGCCUGAUGAACUGUAGCCUUUUUCCAAGUGGUAUUUUGAUAAGUAGCGGGAUGAAAGCUGAAACCAGAAUUAUUGGUUGUGAUUACUUGAAAGCAUCAUGUCUUUUUUAAAACAUUAAAUAUUAUUAAUGGGGUCAUAUCAAACGUUUUUUUUUUUUUAGGUUUAUUUAUAAUGUUAGUAGUUUUUCAAAACAGUAUAACCAACCAACCUAAACCCCCAUUUGUGGCUGCGCCUUGAGUAACACCCCCCCAUGCAUGAAAUGAGUAACAGCGCAGUGCUCCAGUGCUUAUAUACACCGGAUGUGGGUUUGCUGUCAUGUUCAGUAAAAAAAAUAUCUCCCAAAUUUUCAGCCGCUCUUUUCUAACAUUGGGAUCCUUCAAAUGGAAAUGUAGAGCAGCAUGUGCUUAACACAGCCAGAAAGAACAGCAGAACUAGUUGUUUUUUUUUGUCAGAGGGUCGAGGUUUGGCUGGUUAGCUUCGGCUCUCUUGUAAUAAAGUGUUAUAAAUCACAUUGUAUUUACUGAUUGGCAUAAAAAACAUGUUUUCAAAACUAAUUGCCCUUGAACCACUGAUGGCAGCAUGCUGUUGAGAAUGGGAAUGCUCCAAGUAUAUCAGACCUCCUUGUUUUUAGCUGCUUCAAUAAGUUCCAAUAAAUGCUCUUUUUGGACUGGGAAGGAAGUUUGAGUUCUGCAAAAUAGUAUGUUUUCAUAUACAGUACUGUGCAAAAGUUUUAGGCACUUGUGAAAAAUGUUGCAUAAUGAGGAUGUCUUCAAAAAUAAUGCCAUAAAUAGUUUUCAUUUAUCAAUUAAUGUCAUACAAAGUCCAGUAAACAUAAAAAAUCUAAAUCAAUAUUCGGUGUGACCACCUUUGCCUUUAAAACAGCCCCAAUUCUCCUAGGUACACCUGGACAAAGUUUUUCUUGGUUGUUGGCAGAUAGGAUGUAUCGAGCUUCUUGGAGAAUUCACCACAGUUCUUCUAUCUAUUUAGGCUGUCUCAAUUGCUUCUGUCUCUUCGUGUAAUCUCAGACUGACACAAUGUUCAGUGGGGGGCUUUGUGGGGGACAUGCCAUCUGUUGCAGGGCUCCCUGUUCUUCUAUUCUAAUCUUUUCUAUUUGCAAAAGUAAUGUUUGGGUGACUAAAAUGUAUAUUUCCUAUUGACACACUAAAGCUGAAAAUAUAAAUAACCAUCUUAAGACAAAAGCUUUUGUGAAACAUCUUAAGACUUUCGCACAGUACUGUACAUCAAGCUUUUAUCUCAAAUGUCAAGGAACAUUGGAUUUCUCAUGAUAUGACCCCUUUAACAUGCUGAACAUUUUGUUACUUUCUCUUAAAAAAUGGUCAUUGGAAUAAUUUGUAUUUAUUUAUUUUGUAGACCUCAUAUAGUUUGUGCCAAAUAUUGAUUUUUAUUUUGUUUUUUAAAUUAUAGUGUUUAAUUUAUCAGUUUUUGUCUCGUCUAUUUUUCACUUUCUGGUUUACACAUACGUGUCAGAUGUGAGGUCUCUAAUAGUGAGAAUGUUUGAAAUUUGAAAGCAAUGGGGCUGUACUUAGUAACUCAUUGUAUUCUGUCCAACAGAUGCAUGUUUCGAGUUUUGUGAAAGCAGAUAGAAGCCUUACAUUAUUUUAUUUCCGAUUCAUGUGUCAAGAGAGUUUAGAACUAUUCUUAAGCACUCAUUUCAGUUGAUGGGUAUCUAUACAGUGUAAUAUCAUUUAUGUAUCGAUAACUAUGGUCCAAGCAAGCAUGUGUAUAUAUGUAUUUCAGGGAAUGUACUGUAUGUACUGUAAACUGUAUCAUCUAUAGAAUGUAUUUAUUUAUUGGAUGU